GCGCUUCUUCAUUCACGGAGCGGAGGCGGGAGUCGCUCGGUCUCUCUCGGUGAGGAGAAGAGAGGAGUUCACCGACGAGCAGCUUAAACUCGCUCUCGGCCACCGUGGGGUAGACUUCGUUUAGUUCGUUACAUUGUAGAGUUUCAGUCGAGUUUCAUUCAAUUUACACGGAGAGCUGCCUGCGAAAGUUACGCUUGGUCACUUGUUUUUGCGGGUCGGCUAUUUUAGUGGAUUUAAGCUGUAUCGUGUGAUGUUUUCUGUGUGGAAACUUAAUAUAUUCACUUGGCUUUUGCAGUUCUAAGUGAUCUUAUUCGUGGCUUUUCACAGGUGAAUGAGUUUGAGCAGCUGUUCCCCGUUUAAAAACGUACUUUCUGAGCCUUUCCGUGCGCGUUUCCAGCUGCAGACAUGGAUAAAUACGACGAUUUGGGACUUGAGGCGAGUAAAUUCAUCGAGGACUUGAACAUGUAUGAAGCAUCGAAGGACGGCUUGUUUCGCGUGAAGAGAGAUGCGGGAAACAACCCGGAUUUUGAAGAAACCAGGAAAGUUUUUGCCUCAAAAAUGAAUAAAAUACACAUGCAGAAGCAGCAAGAGAAGAUGGCAAGAAACAGUAUGGCAGCAAGGAUCAAUGGAAGUCAUUCGAAAGUAUCAGAUAACUCAUUUUACACCAAAGACAGACCACCCAUCAAUAGUUAUAGACAGGUUGGUGAAGCAGCAGCCAAACCACCCAUCAUGUCUGGGCCAGUGGUUGGCACUGCCAGUGUGACUCCAUACAUAUUUUACGAAGGACAAAAACACCAUUCGGUCAUCUUACAUGAUGGAUCCAGCAACAGGGCUUAUGACAUUAAGGAGACUGGGAAUGCUGUUAACCCGAUACCAGUGCCAGCACGAUCGGCACCCUCUACCAGCCCCCCUGGCACAUGGGCAUCAAGAAGCGGUUACCCAUCUCAGACGCCAUCGUCUCCUUUCUCGAACAGUUCCUCCUCUUCUAGCUCACCUGGAGCUGGUCAGAAUUAUUCCCCAGUGUCUCAGGGAUUCCCUCAAACGGGGAAGUCUCCCUCUCAGUCGCCCACAGGAACAUACAGGGAUGCACAUCACCAGCCUCAACAAGUUAGCCCUGGGCAGCACUGCCAACCAGACUCUGCCCUUUGGUCUGCCAGUGGACCGACAUAUCAAAAUGGGGGAGCUCAUAAUACUGGCACCCCCUCCCCUACCCAUGUGACCCAACCUCCAUUGUCCAAUGCAGGGAAGCAAGGUGAGCCACCCCAACCCAAGAGCACUGCAUCCGGUAACCCAUCAGUGCCCGCUUCUACACCGGCGGCCCCUGUUGAGUCGCCCCAUGAUGAGUCUUCCAGCUCUUCUCGGGCGCUCAAACUGCCAUGCCAGACCCUCCAUGUACAGACAGAUCAGGGGCCAUCUGCGGCUGAAAUAAAAUUAGAAGCUCUAACUGAACGCCUGGAAAAGGAGAUGGAUGCUCAGCCAAAGGCUGAGUACUUUGGCAGUUGUGUGAAGUGCAGCAAGGCUGUGUAUGGAGCGAGUCAGGCGUGUCAGGCCAUGGGCAGCCUGUACCAUGACAGCUGCUUCACCUGCAGCGCUUGCAGUCGAAAGCUCCGAGGGAAAGCCUUUUACUACGUUUAUGGGAAAGUGUUUUGUGAAGAGGACUUCCUGUAUUCUGGGUUCCAGCAGUCUGCUGACAAAUGCAAUGUGUGCAGACAUUUAAUCAUGGACAUGAUCCUGCAGGCGCUGGGAAAGUCUUACCACCCAGGCUGCUUCCGCUGCGCCAUCUGCAGUGAGAGUCUGGAUGGAGUGCCUUUCACUGUGGACACAGAGAACAAGAUCUACUGUGUGAAGGACUAUCACAGAGUUCUUGCACCUAAAUGUGCAGCAUGUAAUCAGCCGAUCCUGCCCUCUGAGGAAUCAGAUGAAACCAUUCGAGUUGUUUCCAUGGACAAGGACUACCACGUGGAGUGUUAUCACUGUGAGGACUGUCAUGUGGAGCUGAAUGACGAGGAGGGUCACCGCUGCUAUCCUCUGGAUGGACACCUGCUCUGUCACGCAUGUCACCUCAAACACACAGACCCUGCCGCCUCACCGUCUACAGCACACAACUACCACAAUGCUGUGGUUACUCCAACAGACCAGCAUGUGUUGUUUUGGACCUCCACAUCCCAGAGGUGUGUUCCAGAGUUAAAGCCCACUGAACCCAACACACAGUGAUGAUAGUCAAAUCUCUCUGGAUUUUCUGGAUACUGUUGUCCAUCAGCGCUGAAUUUGACAUGGGUCAGAUCAUCAGUCAGGAACAGCAAAGGAUAUGCAGUGUUGGGGUCCAGUGUGACCGGAGCUGAUGAGAAUCAUCACAAGACAAAGCUUGACCAUUAUUAGGCCUCAUUGAUGGUGGAGACACACCGAUCACAAAGCACAGAGAUAACCUCUAGACUUAAUUAAGAAUCAAAUUCAUCUUACAUAUUAAUUUUGUGUUUGUUAGCAUUUAAAUUUAAAGUUAGAUAAUUUCAACAUAUUACUAAUAAUUGAUUAAUUUAAAUAACUAAUACUGCAUUCUUCUUGGAAAUUUGCUGAGGCCCCUACUGGACCCCGGUUGAGAAUCACAGCACUUGACCAAUAAACUUAAUAUAUUUA